AUGGCGAUCCCUCCAUUUCUCAAAAAGUUGGGCAACAUACUAUCGCCUCCGCCUUCACAAUCUGCAGAUGGGCGCGAUCAAUGGGGCUCGAGAGCUUCAUUCCUGCUCGCGGCCAUGGGAGGCUGUGCCGGUAUGGGAAACCUCAUCCGAUAUCCUUCUCAGGUGUACAACAACAACGGCCUGCAGUGGUUUAUCCCGUACCUCAUGUGUGUCUUCCUCAUCGCGAUCCCGGCUCUUAUUCUCGAAGUUGCUAUUGGGCAAGCCUACCGCGGUGGCUCCGUCGUCGCCUUCAAUAACAUCCACCACCGUCUCAAGGGUCAAGGCUUCAGUCUGUUGUACAUUGGCUUCAUGGUUAGCCCUUACUUCGUCGUCAACUUGUCCUGGAUCAUGAUCUAUUUCCGAAACUCGUUCCAGAGCCCUCUGCCUUGGGAGGGACGUGCCGAGGAGUAUUACUACCAGGAUGUGGUGCAGAAUGUUGAUGCUAUUCCCGGUAACAAGACGUCGAGCGGCGUCACGGACUACGUUCAAUAUCCCGGAACUGCACUAAUCGGAGAGACUGUGGGAUGGACUGCCUUUGUGUGGUUCCUCGUCUGGAUUUCUAUCUUCCGUGGUAUCGGCCAAACUGGCCGUGUUGUCUACUUCACCAUGGGCUUACCUGUUAUCCUAACUAUCAUCCUUGUUGGUCGAUCAGUUUCUCUCCCCAACGCCGGCCGUGGAAUCAAGUUGUACUUUGGCGAGUGGAACGGCGAGAAACUAGCAUCAGGCGACAUCUGGCAAACUGCAGCAGGCCAAGUCUUCUUCUCAACAGGUGUUGGUUUCGGCUACUUCAGCUCUUAUGCGUCCUACAACCAGAAGCACGCCAACGCUGUCAUGGACUCGUGUCUGAUUGUUUGCAGCAACGUUCUCUUUGAGGGCUUCGCUGCCUUUGCCGCCUUUGGUGUUGUCGGCUACUUGGACAUGAUGCCUGUUCCUGGUGAGAGAAUCGGAGCCUUCACAAUUGGUUUCCUCACGCUGCCCACGGCUAUCACCCAACUCCCUGGCUCUUCGUUCUGGGCGUUUGCUCUGUUCUUCACGCUCGUGGUGCUUGGGUAUAGCUCUGCAUUCGCCAUGGUCGAUGCUGUUGUCACGCUCGUCAUGGAUACCAAGCCCAAGAUACGCCGCGAGUGGGUAGUCACAGGUCUCGUGGUUGUCUCGUUUCUCAUAUCACUUCCAUACUGCACACAAUUCGGCUAUGCUCUUCUAACUGGAGUCGACCGCUGGAUUAACGAUGUUGCUCUAGUAUUCGUCGUGUUUGGUGAAUGUGCCUUCUCUACGACCUUUUACCGCUGGAGAGAUGUCGCCGGCCAAGUUGGAAAGCCGUCUUUCUUUAUCUGGAACUUUGGAUACUUUGGUGGCAUGGUCCUUGGUGUUGCAGUCGCCCACGCAGUUCAGGCUGAGGCCGGUGCUGGAGUUGGCUUUGGUAUCUUCAUCGUCUGCUCGAUUGUGUCAUGCGUUAUUGGCAAGACCCCUGACGAUAUUCCUCCUGCUCUCACCUUUGGCGAAGACAAGGGGUUUGUUCGUCGAUUCAUUGGCAAGAGUGCUGCUCUUUCAAAGUUCUUCGGCAAUGUAUUUGUGCGACGUUUCUGGUACAUGGCCUUCUACUCUGGCCAACAACUCCGAAGAGAUCUCAACGUCAUAGUCGCAACUGGGAAGAACUGGAGCAUUCCCGCCUUCUGGCCAAUUCUCCUACGCUUCCUGUCCGCACCUGUGCUCGCCAUCAUCUACGGUUUCGCCUAUCCCGCCUUCUACGAGCUUCGUGACGACCCCCUGCACAUUCUCGGUUUUGGCCUUGCUCACAUCUGUCUGAUCCUCAUUGGACUUGGAGUCCUCUUGCCUCGCUGGUACAAUACCAUUAUUCCUCCGGACCGACGUGAGGAGGGCAAGCUUCCAUAUGCUCCUAAUGUGCUACUGGAUGGGGAGGAGCCUCGAAGAAGUGACUCUAUGGAGGCUGCAGAGGGCCCUGAGGGCUCUGAAGGAGGUGAAAGCGAGGAGAAGAAACGCCAGCGUGAUUCAGAACUUCCGAAUCAGGACUGGGAUGUGCAAAGGCAAUAA